UCUGUAUUACAGCUGUUGAUCUUUGCGGUGGUUUGCAACACGAGGGUGUGGUUUCAGAACCGAUAUCUGAUCCGUUCUUUUUCUUGAACUUACCGAGUCGAACUCUGGGUGGCAUCGCCGGUCUCAUCGAUGACGUCAUGGUCGUCGUCAAGCUGAUCGGACUUUUUGGAUCACCAAGUCGUGACCUGAUUCGGAACCGGGACGAGCUCCAGCGGCUCAGGACGACGAGUCAACACUGUGGUUGAACUAGAACCCCGAACCAGGCCAGAACCCGGCGCGUAGACCGACAUGGCCGACGGCAGCCCCUCCUGGAACCAGAACAUGGGCCACUCUUUCCGUAAGGUGACCCUGACCAGACCCACGUUCUGCCACAGCUGCAGCGACUUCAUCUGGGGCUUGCUGGGCGUCCUAUGUGAAGUUUGCAACUUCAUGUGUCAUGAGAAAUGUCUGAAAACGCAGCGAUCUGUCUGUUCCUGCACGGCGCCGUCUUUGGUCCAGGUUCCGGUGGCUCAUUGCUUUGGUCCAGCUGGUCAGAAGAAACGAUUCUGCUGCGUCUGUAGGAGACAAAUGGAAGGAAAUGCAGCGCUGCGCUGUGAAGUGUGCGGUUUGUUUGUGCACUCGGACUGUGCCAUCUUCAGCUGUGCGGACUGUCGAUGGUCUCACCUGGAUGGGAAAGUGGAGCAGGAUACGUUUCACCACCACUGGCGGGAAGGCAACCUGUCACCGGCGGCACGCUGUGAGGUGUGUCAGCGGUCAUGUGCCUCAUCUGAGGUGCUCGUUGGGAUGAGGUGCGAGUGGUGCGGCAUCACGAGCCACGUGGCGUGUUACCUCAGCAUACCACCAGAGUGCACCAUGGGACGCCUGUGCUGCAUGAUGUUGCAUCCAACAUGUGUCAGCGUUGACUCCAGGAACUUUAGCAAGAUGCAUCUGUACCGCAUCCUAGAGAGCACCAGCCAAGACCUGGAUCCAUCAGGGGACAGUGAGUCAUCAGCUCCACCUCCUAAAGAUGUUCAUCCAGCCACAGCAGACUCAGGAAAAGUGUUUCUCAAAGUGUUUGAUGGCGAUGAUGCUGCCAAACGCGACCACUUCCAGUUGGCUUCAGUCUGUCGGUUGAUGAGGAAUGAAGAAGUCCUGGCGGCAGCACUAAGGGCCUUCUACCUCCCAGGAGAUCCACAGGACUUUGAGCUCCAUGAGGUGGGUGGGCUACAGCGUGUCCUCAGCGACUUGGUCUUGAGCCGUAGCGGUGGUGCAGACAGCUGUUGGGCCCUGGCGGAUGGUGGCGGUGCCUGGCUGCUCCGAGCCAGACCGCGUGGCGCUGAGGUUAUCAGGGUGUACGCUGGCUGGAAGUUGGCUGUAACGUUUGUCUCUGUCACAGCAACCAGCACGGCGGCUUCAGUCCUCAUCGAGGUCCUCAGGCAGCUGGACAGACAGGAUGAAGAGGCGUCCAUCUUCAGCCUGGUGGAGGUCUUCAUGAGUAGUAAACAGGUGGUGAGAGAGUCACUUCUGCCUCAACAGAAGAUUAUGGACAAACUACAAGACAUCAGGAAGGUGUCUUUGCGACAGAUGAACCAGACACGUUUUUACGUGAUGGAGAUGCGAAAGCGAGCAGUGCAGAUCAGCCUACUGAUUGGAGGACUACCCCCCCCUUUGACCAAAGACAAGUAUGCUCAACUGAUCCAUGAACAUCUGAUCAUUAAAGCUCACCUGGUCUCCAUCAGCCACAUUUAUAGCAGCCAAGGUGCAGUGGCGUUACACAUCUCGUGUUUCUCUGAAGCAGAGAGGAUCUACAUGUUGACUAAAGACACGUCAAUCAACAACAAGAUGCUCACAGCGAUGGUCAUACCGGACAUCCUGCACACCGAGCUGAGGGAAGACGUCUGUCCCCUACUGGUGUUUGUGAACCCAAAGAGUGGCGGUCUGAAAGGUCGAGAGCUGCUCUGCAGCUUCCGGAAGCUUCUGAACCCUCACCAAGUCUUUGACGUGUCUAAUGGAGGCCCGCUGGCUGGCUUUCACACGUUGAGGGAGCUUCCCAAAUUUCGGGUUCUGGUCUGCGGGGGCGAUGGGACAGUGGGCUGGAUUCUGGGAGUUCUGGAAGAAAUCAGACAUAAACUGGUCUGUCGGGAUCCUGCCAUUGGUAUCAUUCCACUUGGUACAGGUAAUGACUUGGCUCGGAUCCUACGCUGGGGGCCCGGUUACAGCGGUGAGGAUCCACAUCACAUCCUGGUCUGUGUGGAUGAGGCAGAGGAGGUUCUGUUGGAUCGCUGGACCAUCCUGAUGGAUGCCCAGGACAUCUCUGAGGACGACAAGAGCAAUGGCUUCCUGGAGCCGCCUAAGAUUGUGCAGAUGAGUAACUACUUUGGUCUUGGUAUUGAUGCUGAGCUGAGCCUCGACUUCCAUCUGGCUCGAGAGGACGAUCCUGAUAAAUUCACCAGCAGGUUCCAUAACAAAAGCGUUUAUGUGAAGGUCGGUCUGCAGAAGAUCAGCUCCACCAGGAGUCUUCAUAAAGAACUUCAGCUUCAGGUGGACGGGCAGAGCGUCCCCUUACCCCACAUAGAGGGCCUGAUCUUCCUCAACAUUCCCAGUUGGGGUUCAGGUGCUGAUCUCUGGGGGUCGGAGGCCGACAGUCGCUUUAGGAAACCAGGCAUUGAUGAUGGCUUGUUGGAGGUGGUGGGGGUCACUGGGGUCGUCCACAUGGGUCAGGUGCAGAGUGGGCUGCGUUCAGGGAUCCGCAUUGCUCAAGGGAGCUACGUCAGAAUAAUGGCGAACAGCCCCAUACCUGUGCAAGUGGAUGGAGAACCGUGGAUCCAGCCGCCGGGACACAUCAUCAUCUCAGCUGCAGGGCUGAAGGUUCGGAUGUUGAAACAGAAGCAGAAGAAGGCACCAGCUGGUCGGAAGGAUGGACACUCAGACAGCCUGUCCUCCAGAGACGGAGGGCGCUGAGCCCCCAUCUGUUCCUCAGUGCCUGUGACGUACGCAGCGGUCUGGUCCUGCAGCGCUUCAAGAACUCAGCUUCUCUGUGGUUAAUAUUUAAGAUUUUUAUCUUUUGCUAUAUAAUCUGGAACAAGUAUUCAGUCGGUGACGUCUGCGUUUGAUGUUUCUGGACAUCUGCAGUCAAAACAGAAGAAC